AUGAGCGCUUUUCGUAAUUUCAGAAAUUCUAGGAGGUACAUCAAUUUAAGUGAUGACACAGGUUAUACAGACGAACAGUUCCAAAGACCUCUAUAUCCAGCUCCGUGGAAAUCAAUUGCUUUAGCAGCUGGUUUAUUUGUAGUUGGAUCUUUAGGGAUUAUUUUUGGAUCUCUUAUUAUGGCUGGUAUUGUUUCUGAUGAGGCUUGGGAUGAUAGAGGAAAACCUAUUCUUUUCCUUGGAUCUUUAUUAUUUAUACCAGGUUUUUAUCAUGUUAGGCUUGCUUACUAUGCUUAUAAAGGAUAUGAUGGAUAUGAUUUUAAUCAGAUUCCUGAUUGGUAA